AUGACGAGGCUAGUCCUUCCGACGUUUCUCCAAGGCCAGGUGACCCUGGAGCCGCCGUUCUCAAGCCUCAAGCAAAAGAUCGUUCAAGACGAAACGAACAUACACCACUGGGAUGCCCUUUUCAAAGCGUUUCAGGACAAAGUAGACGAGGAUUACGACCCGAAACAUCCGGAAAAGAUCACAGACGAGCUCAAGAAGUCCAUUCACGCUACUUUCGAGACGUUGUUGCUGCGUUUUCCGUACUUGAGUGAGCAUUGGAGACUAUGGCUGGUUCUCGAGUACAAGAUCAACGGAGUGGAGUCCUCGAUCAAAGUCUUGGAAGACUCGGUCCAGAACCACCCAUUCUCACUCGAGCUCUGGGUGGACUACAUCAGUGCCUUGAUCUCCCAGUACGAGUCCGCCAAAUCCAGAGAGAAGUUGCAAUUGAUAAGGGCCCAAUACUCCCGUGCCAUUGACUUGAUUGGCCACCAAUUCUCGUCUCAUCCUUUGUGGGACAAAGUGCUCGACUUCGAAGCCUCCAUCGAUCCUUCUUCCUCGGAAAUCUUGCAUGUUUACAAACAGGUGACCCAGAUUCCGUUGUAUCAAUACGCUCAGUACUACAAGCAAUUCGUCGAAAUCAAUAAAAGCUUUCAGGUGGCCGAGCUUCUUGACCAAGACCAGUUGGAGCACUACGUGGCCAAGUUUGGCAAGACAUCGCUGAAGGAGUUGUCCUUGAUAGAGAAACACCAAAUCAUCGAUGACUACACCUAUGCCACUUUCCUCAAGACUCAACAGGCAGUUAACAUCAAAUGGGCGUUUGAGUCUUCAAUCACAAUUCACAACUUCGAUUUGAAGACGGAAAAAGACACUUUGGCCUCCGAAUUAACCAGCUGGAAAACUUACUUGGAUCACGAAAUCAAGCAAUAUGAGCUAGAGUCCAACGGGGCGGCAACGAUAAAACCGAUCAUCAGCUUGUUUGAAAGAUGCCUAAUUCCACACUGUCUCAACAGUUCUAUCUGGCUCAAAUAUCUUGCAUUCUUAAAUAAAGUGACGCCAGAGGAAUCAAAAUUGGAAGCGAUGAAACCGGUAUAUCUUCGAGCAAUUACAAAAUUCAUUCCCUUAAAUGAAAACUUCAUCCGUUUCAACUAUGCCCGGUUUUUGGUUAGCCGCAACAAAUUUGAUGAAGCUAACGACUUCCUAGUUGAUUUCAUAAAGUUUUGCAGUGGAUCUGGAUCCAAUGCAACGUGCUACAUGAAGCAGCCAUAUAUCGAGAGCGUGAGGUCGAUUCUUCAAUUAUGGGAGAAGCACUUAUCAAAUGAUUCGUUUACCAGUCUAUGCAUUCAAAUAAUCGAAGAGUACUUUACUAGUAGAAAUGAAAAGAAACGGGUCCUAGACAGUCAAUCGGAAGAGGAAGACAUUGCCACAAAAUCAUUCAAGACCAAACUACUUCAAUUGAUAAACAACGAGGGAGUAUGCUUGGUAGUAAAGUUUUACCUUGAGCAUACGGGCUAUUCUGAGGACAACGUUCCUAAAUUAAGGGAAUUCUACAACAAAUACUCCCAAGAAAUUGCGUUCAAAACGUCAGUAUUCUUUUGGAGAUAUUUUAUGGAGUUCGAAGGUAUAUCCCAGAGAGAUUUUGCUAAUUUUGAAACAGUGUUCUACUACGUACGGACCCAAACUCAAUUGCCUAAACUAGUCAUUGAUUCAUUUGUCGAUUUGGCAUAUGACAUUGUUUGCGCUAACUUCUCAGAGAUAUUUCCAUCAAAUUCAAACUUGGAUACAUUAUUGAUAUCCAAGGGCUCAGAAACUUCCAAUUCGUUGCUUGAAAACCAAUCAGCAAGGAGAACACUCGCCAACCAGAACCAUAGUAUAAAACGUGGUGAUGACCUGAGGUCCUCCAAACAAAAUAUUUCACCAGUGAACAAGGAGGAAGAGUUGUUAAAGAUAACUCACAAACAUAUUGGAAGUCCAGGGAUUUUUAUAGAGUCGACUCCGGAUAUUACCAACAAGAUCAUGAACGAGGGUGACAUGAUAGAUCUCACUGAUCCAAGGUUAACCGUUCCCCCAUACCCCAGCUUUAAAAACGUCGAAAAGGCAAGCUUGCCCAUUCAUUAUCCUAAUGACAACUAA